CCAGCCCAAAGGGGAUCCAAAAAAGCGCAAGAAAAGUAUUUUACGUGGUUCUGUUCAUCUCUAUAAGAGGCCCCCAAAGAUGUAUCACGAAUGACUUCCAAAUCUAGGUUCUUGAAAAGUUGGAAACAGCAUUGCAAAAUGAAGAUGUCGUUAAUAGGAAUGUUCGACUUGCCUUGCAUAUUUGUGAUACCGUGACAAAUGAUUUGGUUCCGAUUAUCAUUUAUGAAAAAGAUCCCAAAAUUCGUGCAAUAGGUAUUAGAAUUUUGGUGUCCUUAUCAAUGCCAGUGGAAUGCUUAUUGCCAAUAGAAGACAUCCGAAAUGACACCAAGUCUCAAAAUGUUCGAAAAAAGCUCAUCCUUUGCACUUUUACCAUUAAAAAAGCUUUUUUAGAUGCAUGUGCUACAUUAUCCCUGGUGUCUAUGAUGAGAGAAGCAAUGAUUAGAGCUGAAAAACAUUCAAAUGCUCUGGAGAAAGAAGAGUGUAUCCAUUUAAAGAACUGUCUUGUUCUUCUACGAAAUCUGUUGCACAUUCCCGAGGAUGCAAAAUCAUCAAAAGAAUCAAGACUCUGCUUAACUCAUUGGCUGGCUGUACAGAAGAAACUGAUUUGGAACAUAUUUGUUCAAGGCAUUGAUGGUGCCCUUUUGAUGAUGUUGAAUAGCAAAUACAGAACUCAUUGGACUGAGCCUUUAGCCUUUAUCAUUGCUCAGAUAUACCGAAAUCAGAAUGUCUCUAAGAUUCAUCAAGCAUUAGGCACGAUUUCUUCUCCAUCUGAUAGUUCUGAAGAUGAUGAAGGAAGUGAUGGUUCAAAAAAUUCAUCAGCAUCAAUGAGCAGUGAACCAAGUAAAGUGAUCAACACCAGCGAUUCUGGAUAUCCAGUAUCUGACAGUUCUUUAAAUAAUCCUGAAGAUAAUUCUGUAAAUAAUAAUGAAAUGGAUUCUUCGGAGAAACUUACAGCUUGCUGUAAUGACAGUACUAUUUGUUAUAAUGGCAUACAAACUAAACUACAAAAAGUGCAGUUGAGUGAAGAGGAUGAAGCAUCAACUAAUCAAGUUUCUCCUCCCCCUGCACCUCCUAAAAAUGUAUUUUUUGGUAAAACAAAGCACCGUAUUUCGUCAAAAAGCAAUUAUGAUCAAAAUGAAAAUUACCCAGAAAGCUCAAGCAGCUCCGAAUCACCUCUUCAUAAAAAAAUUAAAGGUAAUUGUUUUUCAAAAGAUUCUGCGAAGGUAGAGCUUACAGAUGACGAUACUGUCCUAAGUAUGAGUCUGGGUGGCAGUUCAGCUGAUUUUCGGGAUAAAUCAUCAGAAGAAAAUUUUCCUGAUAGAAAAGCAAAUAAAAACUCUAAACUUCAUAAAAUGAGAAGUGCUCAAAACCAACCUAAAAUUCUCGAGAGUGAUUCAAGUAAUGAAGAUCUUAUAAAAAAUACAAAGCACCGGAACCAUCCUCCUGUCUUCUGGAGAGGUAAAAGUCCUAGGCGUAGUAAUGGUUGUAUUCCUUCUAUUUGUUUGGAUUCUGCAAAUCUGGUAUCCUCAAAAAGAAGAUUUAGGUAUCCACUAUUGGAGAAAAGAAAUAGUAUGCUUACUUUACUUGAUGAAACAGCACUUGCCCCAUCUGAUGAUGAUUUAAGGAAUGUUUUGAAGGAAUUUACAAUGAGUUUCAUGCACAGUGGUUUUUCUCAACUAAUUAUGGACAUAAAGAAAUUGAUUAUUGAAGAAAGUUUCGAGACUAUUGAUAAGUCGCUCUUUUUCUGGAUAUUCAAUUAUUUCGUGCACCUCGCUGCAGCUGUUCACCUAAACUAUGAUCAUUUAAGUGAUAUUCUUUCUAUUGAUAUCAUCAGUUUUCUGGUACAUGAAUGUGUCGCAACUUCUGAAAAUAUGGAGCUGCACUCGAAAACAAAUGUAAAAUUAGCAAAGUAUAUAGCUGUUCAUUUGAGCUUAAUUGUGGCAGCUUUAAAAGAGGUGCUUCAUGUAAUUGACAUAUACUCAAAAAAGAUCACUUCACAGAGGGAAAAAAUUUUCUUCAAUUAUUUGUGUGGGAUGCUUGCUGGACUUAAAGAUCUAAGACUUAUCCCUCUUCUUUUGCUCCAAAAUUGCCCAAUAACUAACAUGAAGAGGUAUUUAGAAGAUGUUGUGACUAUCAAUCAUCAAAUCAUCACUUUAUCAGAGAGAAAUAACGAACUUUGCUGGGGGCCUAGAAGAGUUGAUACGUUGGAACACUUGAAACUAUUUUCUACUCCUACAAUUAUGAAAUGCUAUGGGAAGCUUUUGCAGAAUUUCAGAAACAACAGUUCAAUGGUGAAUGAAUGCAUAUUUACCAUGUUUCACCACAUAGCAGGGGAUGUUAAUUCUUCUCAUUUACUACUUGAUCCUUCAAUAUUAAAGUCAUUUUCCGAUCUUCUCCAGAAUGAUGUAGAGUUGGACCACUAUCAGGAAGACUUGAUUAUAUACAUAUUGAACAAAUUUGCUUUGCAAAAGAAGAGACUAAUGGUUGGGGAAACUAUUGAUGAACCUGGAAAUACUGAAGAACGCGAACCAAGUGAAUCAUCAAGCAGUUCUAGUUGUGAUGACAGUGACGACUUAUUAAACGAAGAUGAUGAUGAACUGCUUUGGUGGUUCCUGCAAUUUGAGCAAGAUAAAGAUCCUGUUUCUAGGAUUUCGGAGCAUACUUCAAUCUCAAAGCAAGAUAUUCUUUCAAAACUGCAAUUUAAAGGGAUUAUAACGUCUGAAAAGCGCAAGAAGUUUGAAGAAACAAUGAAGGUGUGCAAUGAACUGAAUCAGGAGAAAGAACUAACUCAAGUUCCUGAUUUUGAUGAAAACAUACCAACUCUUCUGCGAACAUUGGUGCAGGCUGGAUCACGUAAGCACUUGAUAUGGCUUCAAGAUAUACUAUUAGAAACAUGCUACGCUAAACUAGGAUUUGAUUACCUAGUUCCUGACUGUAUAGUUUGCUGUUCAACCA